AUGCUGCCACAUCGAGGAGUAGAGGCGCAGGAAACAGGACUCGUUGAUAAUGGGUCGCCACGAGUGGACAUUGGACGCGUCGCCGCUUUUGAACACCAGAAAGCAUCGGUUCUGCCUCCAUUGCCUACGGAGCGACUGCAGCUGGAUGCAGUGUUGGUAGAGGCGGGUUCAGUCUGCAUGGAGCGUCACUGGAGUACGCCGGGGGAGAACGUGAGGUGGAAUAGCGCCGUCGGUAUUCGGCUUAUAUGUCCGGAGGGGGUAUGGGGCAUAGCGGCCUGUUCUUCGCCUAAUAGAAAGCCGAAGGAUCUCGUUCGUGAGAUCCUCGGUGUCAAUGUUGAGGCCAACCACGUUGAGGGGGUCUUCGAGAGGGUAGAGAAAUUGGCUGUGAAGGUCGGUAAGGGAGGUGGACCGGGCAGCAGAAUGUUCGGUCGCCGGCGAUCUCCAGUCAUUGAUGAGGUUGUACAACUGAGCCCACAGCUCCGACGCUCACCCUACGUGAAACGACAGAUGGGCCUUGGUGAGAUGAUGCUCUAG